UCCUUCAUAGCGGCGAAAGCACUCAAAACAGACACACAUACACACAUACAGACACACACAUUGUUAUAACCAUACUCAAUUCAUUAAAGCAUCGGUCUUAAAUGAUACUGUUGUGCGCCCCUUGAUCGGUCGGCCCUGCAGUUUUUCUAUGAAAAAUAGAUCGUUUUCUGAGGUGAUCCGCCGACCAAAUGUUGGUUAAAGACUUUUAAUCAAACCCCUUCAAAUAGAAUAGAGAAGACACGAUGGCAUAUCAGUACUAUGUCACAGCUCAUAAAGCGACGGCAGUCACGUCCUGUGUCACAGGGCAUUUCACAUCUCCCAAUCACCUGAAUCUAAUUGUCGCAAAAAAUUCCAGACUCGAAAUAUUUCUAGUAACACCUGAAGGGCUGCAGCCUCUAAAGGAAGUUGGAAUUAAUGGCAGAAUCGCUGUUAUUCAACUUUUCAAACCAUCUUACGAACCGAAAGAUCUGCUGUUUGUCGUGACCGUGAAGUACAAUGCUAUGAUAUUAGAGUGCAUUGGUAAAGGGAAAAAUCUCGAUAUAUACACACGGGCUCAUGGCCAUAUCGCAGAUAGAAUAGGAAAGGUAUCAGAAAAUGGGAUCAUAGCUGUAAUUGAUCCUGAGGCAAGAGUGAUCGGGCUAAGGCUUUAUGAUGGAUUAUUAAAAAUUAUACCAUUGGAAAAAGACAACAACGAACUAAAGGCAGUGAGCAUCAGGAUUGAAGAAACUGACAUACAAGAUUUCAAUUUUCUUCACGGUUGUGUAAAUCCAACGAUAGUGUUGUUACAUCAAGAUUUAAAUGGAAGACAUCUAAAAACUCAUGAGCUCUCUCUGAAAGAAAAGGAGUUUAUUAAAGUACCUUGGAAGCAAGAUAAUGUUGAAAUGGAAGCAUGCUUAGUUAUACCCGUACCUGAACCUAUGUGUGGGGCGAUUGUCAUUGGACAAGAGUCAAUAUUAUACCAUGAUGGUGUCACAUUUGUCGCCACUGCACCUCCCGUUAUCAAGAAUAGCACAAUUGUUUGCUAUGCUAAAGUGGAUUCAACCGGCUGCCGUUACAUUCUUGGAGACAUGGCUGGUCACCUUUUUAUGCUCAUGCUUGAAAGAGAAGAAAAAAUAGACGGUGUCCCUGCGGUAAAAGAUGCAAAAGUAGAACUUCUAGGUGAAGUUAGUAUUCCGGAAUGCAUCACAUAUUUGGAUAAUGGUGUAUUAUUUAUUGGUUCAAGGAUCGGGGACUCUCAACUAGUAAAACUUAACAAAGGUCCUAACCCUGAGACGGGUUCUUAUGUUACUAUCAUGGAAACGUUCAUUAACCUUGCUCCGAUAGUUGACAUGGUCGUUGUUGAUUUAGAGCGCCAGGGCCAAGGGCAAUUAGUAACAUGCUCUGGAGGAUUCAAAGAAGGUUCAUUGCGAGUUAUUCGAAAUGGUAUAGGAAUUCAAGAACAAGCGACUAUUGAAUUAGCAGGAAUAAAAGGCAUGUGGGCUCUCAAAAUAAAUUCAGAAAAUAACCUCGACAACACUCUCGUCUUAGCCUUCGUCGGACAUACAAGAGUUCUUUCUUUGUGUGGUGAAGAAGUCGAAGAAACCGAAAUAAACGGAUUCCAGUCGGAACUUCAAACUAUGUAUUGCGGGAAUGCAAGCGCAAAUACAGUAAUACAAGUAGUGUAUUCUUCUGUAAGAUUGAUCUCCCUUGAACCACAGCAAGUUAUAAGUGAAUGGAAACCUGAAGACAAACGUACAAUCAGUGUUGUUGCCUCAAACAAUAUCCAAAUAGUUUGUGCAAGCGGAGGUGAUCUAUACUAUCUUAAAAUAAUGGAUAAUGAAAUUAAAUUUGUAUGGUCUAUUACUUUAAAACACGAAGUUUCUUGCCUUGAUGUAACUCCAUUGCUACCAGAAGACACAACAUCAGAUUAUGUAGCAGUUGGACUGUGGUCGGAUAUUAGCGCUAGGAUUUACUCAUUACCAUACUUAGAAUUGAAACACAGAGAAUAUCUUUCUGGAGAUAUAAUCUCUCGUUCCAUACUGUUUGCAAAUUUUGAAGGAGCAAAUUAUGUGCUGUGUGCAUUGGGUGAUGGUUCACUUCAUUAUUUCAACUUUGACCGCACAACCGGACGCUUGUCAGAAAAGAAAAGGGUUACUCUUGGUACACAACCGAUUGUUCUAAAAUCGUUUCGGUCCAUGUCUACCACAAACGUUUUUGCUUGUUCUGACAGGCCCACUGUGAUUUAUUCGUCGAAUCACAAGCUUGUGUUUUCUAACGUUAAUUUAAAGGAAGUGAAUUAUAUGUGCUCAAUAAACACAGACGUUUACCCUGACAGUUUGGCUAUUGCAAAUGAUACUCUAGUUGCUAUUGGUACAAUAGAUGAAAUACAGAAACUACACAUUCGUACUGUUCCUCUUGGAGAAGCACCAAGACGAAUCGCAUAUCAAGAAUCUUCACAGACUUUUGGAGUCGUGACUAAUCGAAUGGAUGUCCAAGGAGCUACUGGUUUAGAAGUUGUUAGAGAAUGUGCUAGCACAAAAGCUCAGUCCACUACCAACUCAUUUCAAACAUUUUUAUCAAUUAAUAAGUCAAGGGGAGCUUCGCAAACUACAGAAGUCGGCUGUGAGGUUGAAGUUCACCAUUUCUUAUUAUUUGACCAGCAUACAUUUGAAGUCAUACAUGCUCAUCAGAUGCUCCACACCGAGUACUGUUUAAGUUUAAUAUCAUGCAAACUGGGAGACGAUCCCAAUUAUUACUACAUCGUCGGAACUGGGAUUGUAAAUCCGGAAGAAUGUGACCCAAAACAAGGGAGGAUAUUGUUAUUCGUGGUUGAAGACGGCCGGCUGCAGUUUGUAACAGAAAAAGAAAUCAAAGGGGCUUGCUACUCCCUUAGUGAAUUCAAUGGAAAAUUGUUAGCUAGUAUUAAUAGCACAGUGAGACUGUUCGAAUGGACUGCUGAAAAAGAAUUGAGGCUCGAAUGUAGUCAUUUUAAUAAUAUAAUCGCAUUAUAUGUCAAAACAAAAGGUGAUUUUAUAUUGAUCGGAGACUUAAUGAGGGCAAUGACGCUUCUUCAAUACAAAACUAUGGAAGGUAGUUUCGAGGAGAUCGCAAGAGACUAUAAUCCAAAUUGGAUGACAGCGGUUGAAAUUUUGGAUGAUGAUACAUUUUUGGGAGCAGAAAACUCGUCAAACCUUCUGAUCUGUCAAAAGGACAGUUCUUCCACAAACGAUGAAGAGAGGCAGUUUAUGCAAGAAGUUGCUCAAUUUCAUCUUGGCGACCUGGUGAAUAUAUUCAGAAAAGGCUCUUUAGUUAUGCAGACUCUUGGAGAUUCUAAUCUGUACAACGGGAUCCUUUUAGGCACAGUUAGCGGUGCUAUAGGUAGAGUAUAUAUUGUGUAGUAUUUAGUGACUGUU